AACAGCUGCGCCUCAAAAUAUCUUAAAGGAAGCGGUGAUAGCAAUUUUUUAUUUCACUGUCGACCGUUUCGCACGAAAAAUGUCUCGUGUCUCAGUUACAUAACGUAUGAAGUCGUUCGAAGCGGCUGGCCAAUGCCAAGUACGCUGAACUGAACCAAGAUGGCAGAGGACGAAGCGGCCGGCGCUAGCCUUGAUGAUUUUAAGAAAGCUUGUUUAGUUAGAAAUCAAAAUGAAAAAAAGCGGAGAGAUCGGUUCAACAACCUGGUAAAUGAAUUAUCUGCUUCUCUGCCUGUGCGAGGGAAAAAAUUAAGCAGAAACAACGUUCUGAAAUAUUGCAUCGAAUACUUCCGCCACGCUCAGCAGCUCGCUUCGACAUCAAGCAACAACACCCUUGAGAGGGUUUGUGGAAGAUGGCAGCCGGAUUUUAUUACGAGCGAAGAAUUCCGUCAAAUUGUGCUUGAUGGUCUAGAUGGUAUUGUAAUAGCGAUCGACGAUGCAAGCAAAAUAUGUUUUGCUUCGAAUAACGUGUUCUCCUGUCUUGGUUACGAUUGUAAAACCCUUCAGAAUGGCAGCAUUUUAGACUUGGUGCAUCCAGAGGAUCAAAGAACGAUCUAUGCACUGCUAACAGCUCUUAACAAGGACAAUGCAACCACUAGACCAGCGCAGAUGUUUUCUUGUCGCCUUCGUUUUGCUCCACGGAGUGAUGGGUUCAGAGGCGGGUUCGUACCGUUUAACUGUGUAAGUAGGACUUUUAGAGUUGGGCACACAAGUGGAGAUCGCUACGUUGUGUUUCUGGGACGAGUUACAACUCUACCCAAAUUGAACAAAACUGUUGUGUCAGCUGAUAACGAACAUGUUUUGAAAUUCACAACGAGAUUGGAUAAAAUGUGGAGGUUUCAAUGUGUGGAAAGAAGUACGACUAUGGUUCUGGGUUACUAUCCUUUCGAGUUGCUUGGACAUUGUUUGUAUGAAUAUUGUCAUGAAGAUGAUUUGGCCCAUCUUACAGAGUACCACAAUAUGCUUCUUUAUUCAGGAGUAAUAACAACUUGUUGUUAUCGUCUUCUCGCCAAAGGACAAGUUUGGAUCUGGGUACGCAGUCGCUACCAUGUGUCAUACAGUCCAUUAGAUUCAAAACCUGAUUCUGUCAUUUGUGUCACUUGGCCCAUGAAAGGUUUUGAAUUCAGUGCAUUAAACCAGCAGGAAGUCCUAGAGAGGGAUCGACAACUGUUCUCUCAAAUUCUUGAAAAGAGUGGUGAAAAACUUCUCAGCUCAAAUUUCAAGAGUGGCACACAAAAAAAUGCACUGACAGCUGCAUCACCACCUUCUUCAUCACCAUCUCUAAAUCCCAUCGUGAAUACGAAUGAAACUGUGGAACAGAGCCAUGCGGUUACAGCAUAUGAGGAACUUCCAUCUGCAUUAUCAACAAUGCAAUCUGGUGUUUCUAUAACUUCAGACCAUAGGGCGAGCUUGGUUGCACCUCAGAAUGUUGAUGCUGGCAUUUGGCCUGUUGGUGGUAUUGACAGUGCUGCAGUUGUGGUAUCAAGUGACAAUCACUUUAACUCAAGCAACCCACCAGUCUACUCAGUGGAAAGUGUUGAUGAAAAGAGCCUACUUUUAGAAGACCAUGAUCAAAUGCCAGAAUCUUUGUCCUUUUCGCAAUGGGUGCUCCACUUACAUCUGAGAGACCAAUACAGGAGUCUCACAGACUCCAUACGGCAGCAAUCGGAGCAAAUUACAGUCAUACAAAGACAGCUGGCCAUUCAAAAGGAAUUAUCUUCACUCAGUGAUGAAUUAGAGGUUCAGCAAAAACGGAAGACACUGAACCUCAAAAAUACUGUAGAAGAAACUAAAGCUGUUAUUCUUCAAAAGAUGAAGGAACUGCAAGAGUGCACACAGUUACCCAGCAUUUAAUAUAAUUCCCUGUUAGUGUGCUUUGACCUUGUUCAUAUCAAAGUUCAUAAGUUUUAGAACAAAGUAAUGCUUAAUUUUGAUAGACCAAGUGCAGGACCUCCAUGGAAUUAUCUUUAACAUACAGUAAUUAAAUUAUAUUUAAAUUAAAUUUGGUAUAGUCCUACAAAGGAUAAGCACUGCUGUGUUCUUGCAUUCCAAUAACACACCUGUGAAGUGUUAAUGCAUUUUGUCAAAUGUUGACAAUGCCUUGCCAUCAAUUAUGACCUAGACCUUGAAGGAUAUUAAUAUUUUGACAUUUCAGGGGAUGAAAAAGUUGUGUUUCUGAGUUUACUGAGUUUGAAUGUAGUUUUAUUUGUUUCAGUUACUGUGAGUUGGGCUUUUGACUUUCUGGUUUGCAGUCACCAUUUCACUGUUAACAAAUUGCAUUAGUUUGAAAGACAGUGUAUUUAUUUCUCUUUAUUACUCAUUUGAAUCAUUUCAGCACUAUUCAGAAAUGCUGUAAAACCCCCAGAAUUGAGGAACAAACUACAUAGCUGUCUGUUUUCCUCUCAGGAAAUGACUUCCCUCAAAUAAGUUCCACAAAACCCACCACCCCUUCCCCCAUGACAAAAUGUUUGAAUACAUGGUCAUGGAACAUAAAAUCAGUUUAUGGGUUUAUAUUUGAUCCAAAAUCCUUUGUGGCUUGGGAGCACUUUCGAUGAGGAUGGGGAUUUAGAGAGUCCAUAGCUGGCAUUGGUACUAAGCCAGUAUUGUAUGCAGGUUUGCUUACUACCAGCACCAUAUGAAUGAGUAAUUCAUCGCAUGUAUAGAUCAGAAUUGUCCAAGGAAUAAAAUCAAGACAUUUUAUUUCAUCCUAGGGAGGUUAUUGUCUAUUUGUUCAGUUUAGGGGCCUCCACAGGCCUCCAUUUAAACCAGCCUUAACUGAAUUGGACUUGCCUGUAUAAAUACUGCUUAUGAAUAAAAUAAAUAAAUUUAGUAUUGACUUAUAAGGUGUUCAAAAACUUUAUUUGCCGUGCAUUUACAAGUAUUUUAAGGCUUAACUUAUAGGCGGUGAAGAACAAUCGACAAAAUAUGAAAUUUCGGUGAAUGUGGAAUAUCAUGAAUUAUUAUUGAUGGUAAUUCCACAAAAUACAGUUCAUAGCACAGUUAAUUAGUAUUGUACCUCAAAAUAUAAACCUCAGGGGAAAUUUUAAUUUCCAUGCAUGUGGCAAAAAUAGCUGUCAAAAUGUGGUUAUUUAUUGAGUACAGGGGUAUUAAAAUCCAACCAUGUUUAUAUAAUGCACUCCAAGUCUUGAAAUGCUUCCUUUUGAAUAAACGUGAUUAAAAUA